CUAGACAAAAUACUUAUGCAUAUGUAUAAUCGGGUGGGUUCGGGUUGGAUACUGAGAAACCCAUGCUCACCCAUUACCUGCAAUAUUCGGGUUCGGAUUUUACCCGAACCCACUAAAUGUCCUACGGAUUCGAGUUUCGCCCUACCCGAUUAGGCCGGAUUCGAGCGCAUAUCUAUGGUUACGGAUAUUUUUUACAUCCCUACAUAGAAGGCACCCUAUAUAUAUGGAUGGUUCUAUUGUACCUCGGGUAAAAUCAAAGUUAUGACAUAUCUUGAGUAAGAAAAUGAUAUCUAGACUUGGAAUUGACCGGAGUUUGACAUCUGGUAUUAUUCCCACAUCCUUAAAGAUCAAAAUCAAGGUCUCAAUUAUGCAAAUAUCAUACACUAAGAUCAAUUUGAUUAGAAACAAAAAUCGACGGUCAUGAUUCGUCAGAAUAUAUGCAACAAAUUACAUGCAUAAUCUUAGGGGUUAGGCUCUAUGAUUUAGAUAACUAAGAUCUAGAGUUCACUCAUCAAGGGUUAGGGUAUAGUAUCAUGACCAAAAAUCCGGUUGAUCCGAGGUCUAGAUAGUGUUUUCUUACUUAGGGUAUGUCGUAUACUAAAUUUUUCCCAAGGUACGAUAGAAGCCACCAUAUAUAGAUGGGUCAGACUCGUGUGCUCUUGAGCAUACCAUGCUCCAUGUACUCAUAGUGAGAUAUCUCUAUCUAGACCAUGAAUUAAAUCGAGCUUGUUGUCAGCUUAUAUAAUUUUCAGGUUUAUCAACUAAACAUGUUUGUUUUUUGUUUUUUUGGUUCUGUUGUGAUUGUAUAUUGUUGCCACAACUCAAAUACAGCCAUUACAGUACCGAAAUUAUACUAAACGAGGCCUAGGUACGAUUUAAUUGUAAAAGUAUUUCCAUGAUCAGAGUCGUAGAGAUGAAAUUUCUCCUUCAGCCCUAAACGAAGCAAAACCCACAUUUCGCGUUAGUCCUGCCUUCCCAUCCUUUCCUUCUAGAAAGCAAGAAGCAUAACUAAUAAAAUAUGAUACGAGUAAGUUACGUAUAAGACACCUAUAAGUAUUUCAAGUCGUUUCUAAACCAAUUAUACAUUUAGCAAUACAUUAAUAGUCAUAAAAUAUUAUAUGAGUAAGUUACAUAUAAGACACAUAUAAGUAUUUUAAUGGCAAAAUACACCUGUGUAGCCAAAACUUUGACGGUUUGGUCAAAUAUAGUCACUUUUAGCGAAAUACCAAAAAUAGCCAAUUCCGUCCAAUUCUUUAACGGUGUUAUCUAACAGUCUGACUAGUCUAACGGAAGUGCUGACUUGACAAAUUUUUAUUAUAAUUAAUUACAUUAAAAAGUUAAAAAAAAAGCCAAAAGAAAAAAAAAAUAGAAGAGAUCUCUCCGUCCUCCUUUUACCCCUAGCCCUAAUUCCCUUCCCAUGUUGACCUCCCCUCCGAUGUCUUUCUUUCCCAGAAAUUCAGUCGCCCACCUCUGUUCCACCCAAACACACCAGCGCCACUGUUUCUCUUCCUGUCUUCGAGCAGAUCAAAUCCCUUAAACAAAUCCCACCGAAAACUGUCGACCCCCAAUGUUGCUCUCGCCGCAAAAUCAAUUCCAACUGUAUGCUCUCGCCGAAAAACUCACUUCCCCAGUUCCUUCGAAUCUUCUCCUUCCUUUCGCCAGAAACAAGCAAAUGAGCAGCUCCCCUGAGUGUGCCGCCCUCAACGUCUCCAGCUGUCGCUCCGACCAGUGCCUCUACCAGGUCAAUUACAGCGAUGGAUCCUUCACCGUUGGCGACUUCGUCACCGAAACUCUCUCCCUCGGCAGAUCCAGAUCCGUUUCCAAAAACCCUCGGAUGCGCCCACGACAACGAAUGCCUCUUCAUCAACGCUGGUAUCCUCGGCUUCGGCGGCGGCCCGCUCUCCCUCACCAGUCACCUCCCAGAUCCGAGCCUCCUCGUUCUCCUACUGUCUCGUCAACCGCGAUUCAACCUCUUCGUCUUCUGCACCAGUAGCAGCUCCAAUAGGGAAAUCUGGGAAGAAGAUGUUGUACUUUUGGUUUUUUGGUUGUGGAAUUGGGAUGGUUUCUUUUUGGGGUUUCUGUUGAUUGGAUUGGGGGUUUUGUUGUUGUGGAGAGGAAGAUGGUUGCAGAAUCAGAUUAGGGAUUCUUUGUAUAGGAUUAGGGAUUUUUUUGUUAGGGGUAGAAGGUGGUGGAAAAAAUCCAAAAAUACCACUGUUUAAAAAACAAAUUCCAAAAAUACCACCCAACCCCAAAAAUUUCCAAAAAUACCACCCUUUUUCAAAAACCGUCACCCCACCCUGCGGUUUACACGAAAACCGUUUGUCGGAGGCGCGGUUUUCUAUGCAAACCGCGGGCCUAGGGAGCGGUUAUAAAAAAAAAAGUUUUGACCAAACCGCUGGGUGGGGUGGCGGUUUGACCCAAAACCGCCACCCCACCCAGCGGUUUGGUCCAAUUGUUUUUUUUUUCCCGAUAAACUCCCAACUUCGGCCGAAACUUCAAACGAACGUAACUUUUCACUCGGGUAUCCGAUCGUAUCGAUAUUUUUUUUCAUUUCGCAUUACUUUUCAAGAUCUACAACUUUUACUAGGAUGAAAUUUUCAAAACAGGAACUAUUUGUGGAUAUACGGGACCUUGGGAAUAACUUUACCUUUACUUUUCACAAAUCCAUGUAUAUUUUGAAAUUAUGAUUAUAUUAAAAGUUGUAGAUCUUGAAAAGUUAUGUUGAAUCAAAAAAAAUUUCAUGACAUUCGGAUUUUGGAGCACAAAGUUAUGGCCGCCUAAAGUUUGACGAAAUCAAAAAAAGGCUCGUUCGGGGUGGCAAAUGACGUUUUUUUCGAGACGAAGGCGGGACCCGACGAUUUGUGGCUUGCAAGAUCUCAAAAAGUUAUUCGGAUUCAAAAAAUGGAGGCCCCAAAGUUUGACGAAAUGCGAGACCCGGCAGUAUGCGGCUUGCAAGAUCUCAAAAAGUUUGCGGCCUCCAUUUUUUGAAUCCGAAUAAAUUUUUGAGAUCUUGCAAGCCGCAAACCGCCGGGUCCCGCCUGCGUCUCGAAAAAACGUCAUUUGCCACCCCGAACGAGCCUUUUUUUGAUUUCGUCAAACUUUGGGCGGCCAUAACCUUUGUGCUCCAAAAUCCGAAUUUCACGAAUUAUUUUUUGAUUCCACAUAACUUUUCAAGAUCUACAACUUUUAAUAUAAUCAUAAUUUCAAAAUAUACAUGGAUUUGUGAAAAGUAAAGGUAAAGUUAUUCCCAAGGUCCCGUAUAUCCACAAAUAGUUCCAGUUUUGAAAAUUUCAUCCUAGUAAAAGUUGUAGAUCUUGAAAAGUUAUGCGAAAUGAAAAAAAAAUCGCUACGAUCGGAUACCCGAGUGAGAAGUUACGUUCGUUUGAAGUUUCGGCCGAAGUUAGGAGUUGAUCGAAAAAAAAAAAAAAUUUGGACCAAACCGCUGGGUGGGGUGGCGGUUUUGGGUCAAACCGCCACCCCACCCAGCGGUUUGGUCAAAACUUUUUUUUUUUAUAACCGCUCCCUAGGCCCGCGGUUUGCAUAGAAAACCGCGCCUCCGACAAACGGUUUUCGUGUAAACCGCAGGGUGGGGUGGCGGUUUUUGAAAAAGGAUGGUAUUUUUGGAAAUUUUUGGGGUUGGGUGGUAUUUUUGAAUUUUUUUUUUUAAACAGUGGUACUUUUGGAUUUUUUCCGAAGGUGGUUAGAUGAGAGAGAGAGAUGAGAGUCUUCUGAAUCUAAAAAAUAUAUUUUGUUUAAAUUUAAAAUAUGACGUGGCGAUUACGUGGCAUGUGAGUCUAGGUGAAAACAUGACGUGUCGUCUAGUUGGCAGCCACAUAAGCGUAAUGUUCACUUAAACUAACGGAGUUAGAGACACGUCAUGUUUGUCUAUUUUAAUUCGUUUCUAAACCAACUAUACAUUUAAUAAUACAUUAAUAGUCAUUAAAUAUAUGAAAUUAUUUAUUUAAAAAUUAAAAAAAUAUGUGAAAUUAUUAAAUACAUAUGUUACAUGUAUUAUACUUGUUUUAUACAUAUUUAGCACAUGAUACUUCGCAUGGUCGAGAAAAAAUAAAAGAUUUGACAAUAACACGGAAAUGAAAGUUUUAAAUGUACAAAUAUGUAUGUCCAUAUAUACACAUUUUAGUAUUUAUUAACUAUGACAAAACGUAGAAACUGUUAUAAAUUGAAUAGUAGAAAUUAGGGUUACCGAAUUUGGUUGAGUUAUAUCGCUCUCUUUAAGACAUUUGUGGCACAGCCUCGUAAUGCGCACGACAGAAUUUCAAUCGAUCUUCUCUAAGAGAAAACAAACACUCUUUGUUUACUCUCAACUUGUGCAAAACCCGAGCUCAGUGAAUUUCACUCUCUUCGUGUUUCUGCCCUCGUGAGCGUGGAUCUAGUCGAUCUAAUGGGUCAACUGUUUAUAGGAGGCGAGAUAACCUUGGAACACCUUCUCCGUGGAGAAUAGGUCAUGAUCCUUAACUAAAACAUGUUCGGGUAUUAAUUAUCCUUCGUACGUUUGUUUUCGUAUGAGAAAAAGAAUCAAAUAUUAAAUCGAGAUUUCUCGAAAAAUUUAUAGUAUCGAUCCCAUCAACCCAAGUCACUUGAUCUGUCGAACCAAUGGCACACAUAUGGAUGUGUGGUAUGGAGGUCCUUUUGCUUCUUACUCUCCCACAAAAGUGAGACACCCAAGGGUAUACCCUCAAAAGAGAAUAACUUAUUCUUAUAUACAUUUUACAUGACUCCGUCUACUAAUAUCUAUCUAUCUAUCUAUCUAUCUAUCUAUACUAUAUAUUAUGGCAAUUCAAAAGCAAUCUCUUGCCGCAUAAGCACUUGGAGGAUCCACAAUUUGCCAAGUUGUGCAACUUUUUUACAAACAAAAAAUUAGUUAUUAAUGUAUUUAUGAAGCUACCUCUCUCUUCUUUAAUAUUUUCAUUUCUUUUAACCUUUUUUUUGCUUUAAUAGUGUGUUACAUGUUGAUAAACUUAACCAAACACACAUAAAUAAUAAUUUUUUUGUCCAGUAAAAAAAAUAUAAAUAAGAAAACAGAAAGUAACAUAUACCACAUUUGUUUAAAUAAAAAAUAUCUGAUUAAACCUUAUGAAGUAAUUUUUUACUCAUUUUUACUAAAAUUGAAUGAUAAGUUACAUUUUUAUGGAAAUUAGACAAACAUACACAUAAAAAAUAUUUUUUUUAUUAAACAAAAUUUAUAUGAAAAGAGAGAAAAUAAACAUUUGACAUUCAAUUACCUAUGAAAAAUAAACUAUAUUACUUUAUAUUUUGUUGCAAUGAAACACUCUCUUAUUCGUAAAUUAUAUGUCUAUAAAAUAAAAUAAGUAUUAUCUAGCAAAAAAUGUCAGAGUAUAAUCUUGAUCGAGUAGUUAUAAUUAUUUAUUUAAAAAAGACUUCUUAUUCCUCACAUCUUUCCUCAAACGAAGAGAAAUCGCAUGUGCAAUAAUUUUAUAAUGUGCCCUAAGUUCACAUUAAUAAUAUUUGUUCUAUAUCAUGUUGAUUGAGCAAGCUCUAUUGAUGUCAUAAGUCGUAUGCUAAGAAAGUUUCUUUCAGACUUGGACUUAUUCGUCAACGAUUAUAAAUAAAAAUUUUCAAAAUGACUUAAGUAUGAUUGUUGACGAACUUUGACUUCAUACUCUCGGAUGAGACACAAGAUUCCUUAAAAAAAAAUAAAGAAAUGUUAGAGAAUCUUUAUUGAGAAUCUACGAUAAACAUCGCGUUUCAUC